CUUUCACAUUUUUUGCCAUCAAAUUUUCAUCUUUACCCCUUUUCUGUCUUUCUUACUCUCUUCCUUUUCCCUAAGGCAUGAAGUUCCAAUCUCACCAAGACCUUUUAUGUAAUGUCGUGGUGGAUUGUUUGAUGUUUGCUGCAUUCAUGAAUAUGAUAUCGAUGUGAUAAUUAUCUUAUGAGUAAGCAAUGAUUUCAACAAUACCAUAUGAUCAUCUGAUUGUCUUGAUUAAAUUAUUAUACCUGUGUUGAUUUUAACAAUUAAGACUCCCACUAAAGACUUGUUAAAAUUUUCUGCAGGUAAAAUUGGUGUUUUCUUUUAUUCUACAGCUGAAAACAUUAGGAACCAAUUAUCGGUUCUGGAUUAUGAGGGUUUCUACGGUGAAUUUUGCAUACAGCAAACCAUCGCUGAGAUUUUCACUGAUCAUUGAGUUACAGAACUGAGAGUUUGUGUAUUUUGCUUUAGAACAUGACUGUGUCUCCCACAGGAGGAUAAACUUUAUUACAUGUUAAAGGAUAAAAUGCAGUACAUUACAGUAACAUUGAGUAUAUAUUCAGUUUUGUUUGUUCUUUUCUUGCCACACAAGUACUGACUGAACAUACAACAUUGCUUGGUUUUACUGGUUUUGUAAUUUAGAACUUAAUAAUUGUCAUGUCUUUUCACAACAGGGAAGCUUGAUAAUGAAUAAAGGAAUUUUGGGGCUUGAUUGAUUCUGUGUUUUACAACUAUGCUAUUUUGAAUUGCCUUUCCACUACUUUGUGGUUUUGCGUUUCGUGUAUUUUCUAUGUUCUUCAUCUUUAUUUCAUAAGACUCCAUAAAAUUUAAUAAGAAAGAAAGACUUAGACUUUUCUUUUCUUAUUCUCAGCUUACAACUCAGGAUUAAGCCUAGCUACCAUCGAGCCUCUGAAUGGAACAAACUAUAAGAAGUGGAGAUCGGACAUAGAGAUCUACCUAGGGCUGACUGGGAUUGACUUUUGCCUUACUGAUGCUGCACCAGUGCUUACUAAUGAAAGCAGUGAUUUGGAUAGAGUUAAGUUUAAUGAAUGGGCGAGAGCAAAUAGAAUGUCAUUGCUGAUCAUGAAGAGGUUGAUGACUGAUAUCGUCAAGGGUAGCAUAGCUGACCAACCAACUGCAAGGGAGUUCCUGGACUCCAUUGCUGAGAAAUUUACUCAAAAUGCCAAAGCUGAAACUGCUGUUUUUCUUGACUCCCUGACCACCAUGAAAUACAAUGGCACUAUAGGAAUGAGAGAGCAUAUUAAGAAGUUGAUUGACACCACCUCAAAGCUCAAAGACCUGGACAUGCCUUUAGAUGACCAGUUCAUUGUGCAUCAGGCCCUGAACUCAUUGCCCUCUCAGUUUAACCAGCUGAAAACCACUUACAAUGCUCAAAAGGAUAAGUGGAACCUGAACGAGCUUAUUGCAGUCUGUGUUCAAGAAGAAGACAGGAUGAAGAGGGAUACGGCUGUAACUGUGAACCUAGUGAACAAGCCUCAGUGGCAGAAGUAUAAGGGAAAGGGAAAAGCUGUCAGUGUGAAUGAUCCUAGGAAACCAUCAACUUCUGGAGUGAAAAGGCCAUUUGUUCACCCAAAAACCAAGAGGACCAGUAGCACCAAAUGUUUCUUUUGUAAGAAAGAGGGUCAUCUGAAGAGGGAGUGCCAUUCUUUCAAGAAAUGGAUGGCAAAGAAAGGGUUUUCUAAGGAAGAGAAUCCCAAAAAGGAGUGAGGACAACGUCUGCGCAGGGAAUGGCAUGAAGGUGGCUGUCAGAGCUAUAGGCAUGCUCAGAUUAGUCUUAGAUAGUGGUAGUUUUCUAGAUUUAGAAGAAGUUUAUUACAUUCCUUCAAUUCGAAGGAACUUAGUUUCUUUUUCCCUUCUUGUAAAAGCUGGUUACAUCUUUACUGCUGAUUUGGCUAGUGGAAUAAAAAUCCUUCGUGCUUCUGCUUA